CAUCACCUGGAGCUCAGCACAAUCGCUGGCCCCUGUCCUGAGCCAUGGAGCCUGGCGUGGAUGACUUCCAGCUUGUGCCCAACACCACGAAGGAGCCCCCUGCCAAGGACGCCGUCUGCGGCCGCGCCACCGUCACCACAGCGGUGGUCACUGGCGUCCUCCUGGUCUCCCUGGGCGCCCUCCUGGCUCUCCUCUCUACGUGGGGCGUGGACGUGGAGCACACGGCCCAGCUGGGCGGCAUCCGCUACGCCAGCAGCUUGCAGCAGCCGGGCUCAGACUAUCACCGCACGCUGACGCCCACCCUGAAGACGUUGUUUUUAAGUAGCUUCCGGAAGACCCAGCUGGAGGCCAGCUGCGUGAGCUGCACGGUGCUAGGUUACAGGGAUGGGAACGGCAGUGUCCUGGUGCAUUUCCAGCUGCACUUCCUGCUGGAACACUUCCUGGGGACGCUGAGCCUGGGCCCCGAGGAGCACCUUCUGCAGCAGGGUCUGCGCGCCAGGCUUGGGGACCGCGGCAUCCCCCUGGGCCCCUAUGGCACUCUUGUGUCAGCCGAGCUUAAGGGAAGCCAGGUGGGGCCGCUCACCCAGAGGGACUUAAAAUCAGGUCGCUGCCCUGGAAACACCUUCUCCUGUGGCAACAGCCAGUGCGUGAGCAACGUGAACCCGGAGUGCGACGGCAGGGCGGACUGUGCCGAUGGCUCCGACGAGGCCCACUGUGACUGCGGCUUGCAGCCGGCCUGGAGGACCCCCGGCAGGAUCGUGGGCGGCGUGGCGGCGUCCCCGGGGGAGUUCCCGUGGCAGGCCAGCCUCCGGGAGCACGGGGAGCACUUCUGCGGGGCCACCAUCGUGAGCGAGCGCUGGCUCGUGUCCGCCGCGCACUGCUUCAAUGACUGGAGGAGGCUGCCCGGUGCCCCAGAACCUCCCUGCCUCAUCUCACCUGGGACAGUGGUCAAGCCAGAGGUGCUGCAGAAAGCUACGGUGGAGCUGCUGGACCAAGACCUGUGCACCAGCCUCUACGGCCACUCGCUCACGGACAGGAUGGUGUGUGCCGGCUACCUGGACGGCAAGGUGGACUCCUGUCAGGGUGACUCUGGGGGUCCCCUGGCCUGCGAGGAGACCCCUGGCGUGUUCUACCUGGCGGGGAUCGUGAGCUGGGGCAUCGGCUGCGCGCAGGCCAAGAAGCCAGGCGUGUACACGCGCGUCACCAGGCUGAAGGGCUGGAUCCUGGAGACCAUGGCCGCUACUGCCCUCCCCACGGCUGCCCCCACCUCCACCUCCGGGACACCCCUCACUCCAAGCCGUCCCCUGAGGACCACCACCGGCCUCACAGAGCCGGGAGGGGCCACCAGCAGGGCCACCAGCCCGCCGGCCAGCACCACUGUCCCCGUCACAAACACCACCACCACGAGGCAGACGCCACCUCUGACCACACCCAAGCCCAGCACACACACCCAGCUCUCAGGUACUGAGGGGGUACGUUCACAGCGGGGUACGUCGAGGCCCGGGGAGGGGGCAGGGCGCGGGCGGCGCCUGGACAACGCCUGCGCCCGCGCCCGCAGCUACGGGGACCCCAAGCAGUGGGCGGCCUUCCUGGGCACGCCGUUCCUGAGCGGCGCCGACGGGCAGCUGGAGCGCGUGGCGCGCAUCUACAAGCACCCCUUCUACAACCUGUACACGCUCGACUACGACGUGGCGCUGCUCGAGCUGGCCGGGCCCGUGCGCCGCAGCCGCCUGGUGCGGCCCAUCUGCCUGCCCGAGCCCGCGCCGCGGCCCCCCGCCGGCGCGCGCUGCGUCAUCACCGGCUGGGGCUCCGUGCGAGAGGGAGGCGCGAUGGUGCAGCAGCUGCAGAAGGCGGCCGUGCGGCUGCUGAGCGAACAGACGUGCCGCCGCUUCUACCCGGUGCAGAUCAGCAGCCGCAUGCUGUGCGCCGGCUUCCCGCAGGGCGGCGUGGACAGCUGCUCGGGAGAUGCUGGGGGACCCCUGGCUUGCAGGGAACCCUCCGGCCGAUGGGUGCUAGCCGGGGUUACCAGCUGGGGCUACGGCUGCGGGCGGCCCCACUUCCCAGGAGUCUACACUCGCGUAGCGGCGGUGAGAGGCUGGAUCGGACAGAACAUCAAGAACUGACUUCCAGGUGGCCAGCACGGGGGCGGCACCAGCCAGCCUGCCGAGGGAGCGGUGGCAUGGUGGCUGCUGGGAGUGUGUGUGCAGCUUUAUUGAUUCUGUUUCAAUAAAACACUGCCUCCUA